AUGUCUGAAGGGAGCGUCACUGGUUCCUGCAUUUCGGACAAAAUUGCUAUCAAUGCCGUGGAAUUUGGCAGAAGAACCGUCGAUGAACAGGUGUCUGCACUUGCAUUAGCAUGGAUCCUGCUCCUUUACCGGGGAACUGCUUACGGACAUGACGGUUUCUUUACCUGGGGGUUCUCUAAUCUGGGAAAACCAACCUCUCAAGAGGAUUCUGGCCAUAUUUCCGACAUUAUAACUAGUGGUACAGAUCGAUUGUCCAAUCUAUUGGAGAUUAUUCAACGGAGACGCCGAAGGGGCUUCCCUCUUGACGACGCAGGGUCUCUCAACUCCGAGAUCCCCGCCUUCUUCUCAAAUUUCGAUCCUUCAGGGCCAAGACCCGAGUGGGCAUGCGCGAUUGAAGUAAUCCUCGAAGAUAGAAUGCUGCACGUGAGACCUCUCGGACAACUAUACUGGUCAUCUCAAUCCAGAGAAAAAACCGCCGCCCUCAUCUUUGGAGAUAUAUUAGAAUCAAUAUGUACGGGCUCAAAACACGUCGUUUCACAAUUCACCGAAGUCGUCGAACACGAACUAGAGAAGUUAUGGAGCUGGAAUUCACCCGUCCCGCCCCGGAUAAACCGUUGCAUACAUGAAUAUUUUGUGGAUAAUGCAAAGAGAUACCCAAGCAAGCAGGCAGUCAUUUCAUGGGACGGUGAAUUGUCUUAUGAGCAGGUCGAUCGUUUGUCAUUCCGGCUCUCAGCGCAUUUAAUUGAUCUCGGGGUCACGAUAGGUACCGCCAUUCCCCUUUGCUUUGAAAAGUCGAUCUGGACAAUUGUCGGCGUUUUGGCUGUUCUCAGGGCUGGAGGGGCUCUGGUACUGACCGAUCCUAGCCAACCGGAAGAACGGCUACGGACCAUAGUGGCCGAGGUAGGAGCAACAUGUCUGUUGACCUCCAACAACCAGGUGGAGCUAGCUUCGCGGAUUGCGUCUGGUGCCAAACUUGUGGCUGUAGGCCCCCACCUUUUACGAGAUAUUGGUAGCAGUGUGAACAUUGCUACUCUGCCUGAUGUGCCCUGUACGGCUACUCUUUAUAUCCAGUUCACGUCUGGAAGUACGGGAAAACCCAAGGGCGUUGUUAUAUCUCACAGCAAUUACACCAGCGGUGCCAUACCCAGGGCUGAGGCAGUUGGCUAUACGUCUUCUUCCCGUGUCCUAGAUUUCCCUUCAUACGCAUUCGAUGUUAGUUUCGAUUGCAUGCUAUGCACAUUGGCUGCUGGAGGUACCAUUUGCGAGCCAUCAGAGCAAGAGCGUCUAAAUGACAUGAAUGGUGCAAUCAAACGUAUGAAUGCCAAUAUGGCACAUAUGACGCCGUCAGUAGCCCGUAUCUUAACGACAGACGUCAUAUCUUCUCUAGACACUCUUGGUCUGGGGGGAGAGGCGGCUUCGGCGAGCGACCUGUCUGUAUGGAGCAAAUUGACAAAUAUUAUUAUCGCCUACGGACCGUCGGAGUGCACUGUAGGUUGCACGAUCAACAACGAAGUGGACCCCAACAAGAAGGCCCCCAGCAUCGGGAAGGGCGUGGGAGGAACAACAUGGAUUGUCGACCCAGAAGAUCAUGAUAGUCUUGCACCUAUUGGAGCUGUAGGAGAGUUACUUGUUGAAGGGCCAAUUGUGGGACCCGGAUACUUGAACAAUCCGCAACUGACUUCGACGGUGUUCAUCGAGGAUCCUAAAUGGCUGCUUUCUGGCACGAAAAACUUCCCCGGACGACGUGGACGGUUAUACAAGACUGGAGAUCUUGUAAGAUAUGACUUUGAUGACUCAAGCACCCUGGUAUUUGUUGGCCGUAGAGAUCAGCAGGUCAAGAUUCGUGGACAACGCGUUGAACUUGAGGAAAUCGAGUACCACCUGAGAAGCAAGCUCCCCCAACAUGUCGGUGUGGCUGCGGAGUUGAUUGUUCCCAAAGAUGGGAGCCGUGACCCGAUUCUUGUGGCAUUUGUCGCAGAGCAAGGAGAAGAUCAAGAGGCAGACGGCGAAACAGUCUCUUUAUCACCCAUGGUAACUGAAUGUCUUCAGGAACUAAACGAAUAUCUGUCGAGUGUCCUUCCACGAUACAUGGUGCCUACCACAUACAUACCACUACGCAAGAUACCGCUGUUAGUCUCGUGUAAGACUGAUAGAAAGACUCUGCGACUGAUUGGGAGCAAGCUGACAAGGGAAAGUCUUGCUAAAUUCCGAGUUUCAGCGCCUGCAGCAAAUAGGUCUAUGACCAACAUCGAAAUUACAUUGAGUGGGGCCUGGAAAGAUAUACUGGGUAGUGAUAGCAAGGUUGGGCUACAGGACGACUUUUUUACUAUGGGGGGUGACUCGCUCAAGGCGAUGAAACUCGUCUCGUCUCUGCGAGCGAAAGGCAUUUCCCUGACUGUGGGAGACAUCUUCAGCAGCCCGGCCCUGGCAGACAUGGCUGCGGCCGCAAAGACCAUCGAUGGAAAUGUCGAGCAAGCUAAUGUACCUCCAUUUUCGUUGCUCCCUGAAGAUUGGACAGCAGAAGAUGCCCGCAUACAGGUAGCAGAACUUUGCCAGGUACAGACGUCGUCGAUAGAAGAUGUCUAUCCUUGUUCGCCACUGCAGGAAGGAUUCAUGGCUUUGUCUGCUAAGGUCAGUGGAGCAUAUGUCGCCCAAAGGGUUGUCGAGCUUCCCGACAGAGAAACGGCAUCCAAACUACGGACGGCAUUUGACCAAAUUGUCUCUGACCAGCCAGUCUUGCGAACGAGAAUUGUUCAAGUUCCCGGUCGCGGACUGAUGCAAGUCGUGAUACGAGAACCACUCUUCUGGGAUUCCGUAGACGACUUGCAGGCCUAUCUCCAAUUUGAUCGGGAGAGGCCCAUGGAGCUCAACAAGCCACUCUCGCGGCUAGCGUUUAUCACAGUAAAGGGAUCGGAUAAGGUGCGCUUCGUUUGGACUAUCCACCACGCACUGUAUGAUGGCUGGUCAAUGCCGUUGGUCGUGAAACGGAUCAAUGAGGCUUACAGGGGGUUGAAAACCAAGAGCCCAACUCCCUAUAAUGCUUUCAUUAAAGCCAUCAAUAGCGUCGAUAGUCGCAAAUCCAAAACCUACUGGUUCAGAAAACUACAGGGAGCAACCAGACUUCAAUUCCCAGUCGUCCCAGUCCCUGGAUACCAGGUGCGGGCACAGUCCCUAUUGGAGCAUUACGUGCCCUUACCUUUGAAAUCGGUUUCCUCCUCUACGUCCAUUGCAAAUGCAAUUCGCGGCGCAUGGGCGCUGACCGCGGGUCUCUAUACGUCCUCGAACGAUGUCAUUUUCGGGGAGACUUUGACAGGUCGCAAUGCUCCUGUCCCUGGAAUCGAAGAUAUCGAGGGGCCAACGAUCACUACGGUACCGGUACGUAUCCGCAUUAAUAAGGGAAUGACGAUAUCAGAAUAUUUGCGAGAUAUCAUGGCGCAAACGGCGGAGCGUAUUCCUCACGAGCAUUUCGGAUUACAGCACAUUCGUCGUGUCAGUCUCGACGCGCGAGAGGCUUGCGAGCUCAGAACUGGCAUCGUCAUCCACCCUCCCAUGGAAGUUGAAGAGAGAGAAGGUGAUCAGUUGAAUAAUCCAGCUAGUGGAUUUAUUCCUGCCGAUGAUAUUGAAGCAGCCCGUGAGGCUCUAAACUUCAAUUCCUUCGGGUUGAUGUUGGUGUUUUCAUUAGAUGCAGAUGGAUUCCUGAUCAUGGCCAGUUUCGACUCGAAUUUAAUUGACGUGGCUCAUAUGAAGAGAAUACUAGAGUGUUUUGGGGAGACAGUCCAGCAAGUCAGCCGAUUCCCACAGAAGCGGUUAGAGGAAUUGAAUAUUUUCGCCGAGCAGAGCAGUGGCAGUCCGCCUGCCUACAACACCUUGAAAUUAAACAAUCUCGCCGAAUGCGAAGACGAGGAGUUGGCAAGCAUCUCAAACACCAUCACAUCAACCUGGAUUGUGGAUCCAUCUGACCCGGAGCGUCUUCUUCCACCUGGUGCGGUGGGCGAGUUGCUCGUGCAAAGCUCGACUGCCAAAUUGGAGCCUCUGGCAACUAUUCCACAUUGGUUACCGACUCCAUCGGAGGAAGCAGCAGGACAUGAAUCGAAGUUGUACCACACUCGUCGAUUGGUAAGGUAUCGUAGCGAUGGUACCAUCAUGUUUGUGAAGCUUCAUGAACGUGAGGCGGUUGAGCUGCUUCAAAUCAGCGAAGCUCAAGAUCCAGUCGAGAGCACAGACAAGGAGAGGAAAAUGGCAAUGUUAUGGAGUCGAAUACUCGGCAUUCCACAAGAGCAAAUCCAUCAUCACUCCAGCUUUUUUGACCUUGGCGGUGACUCAAUCCUGGCUAUGAGGUUGGCGAAUGAGGCGCGGCUGGAGAGUCUCAAGCUGACGGUUGCUCACAUUUUCAACCUUCGCCUGUUUGGUCCAAUCGUCAGCCAUACCGAGGAAGAGGUGGAAGUCAAGGAACCACAAAACGAAAAGGAGGCGGAUGUAGCUUUUUCGCUUUUGGACGAGGAGGAUCCAGAGAGUUUUGUUUCCGCCUCCAUCAAACCCACGUUGUUGAAUGCAGACUGGAAGAUUACAGACGCCUAUCCAGUCCGUCCACUGCAAAGAAUUGCUGUUAAUGGGACUAUUAAACUCCCAAGAUAUUCGUCACGGUAUGAAAAUAUUUACUUCGACUCUCCAGUUGAUCUGCAUCAGUUACAGAGGAGCUGUGAAGACCUCGUGGCUCGUAAUGAGAUCUUGCGAACUGUGUUUGUGGAGAGCAACGGUGAAUACCUUGGGGUCGUCUUAGAGGCGCUGGAUGUCACUCUUCACACGUAUGAGACGGAUGGUGAUAUUCGACAGUUUGUUCAAAGGUUCUGCCAUCUCGACGCUGAAAUGAGAAUGCCAUUGGGCUCCGCUUUCGUGAAGUUCUUCUUUGUACAAGGAGUAGACCAGCAGAGCUGUCUGAUACUGCGCAUCUCCCAUGCCCAAUACGACGAGAUUUGCCUCCCCGUCCUGUUGGAGCAGCUGUCAGCUCUCUAUGAAGGCAGACUUGAAGGAAUUGAACAAUGCGUUCCGUUCUCAUCUCAUGUUCGACAUGUACUUCGACACAACAUACCGCGGAGUGCCCCAUACUGGCGCGAAUUACUCCAGGGCUCAGCCAUGUCAAUUAUCCGGCCAAGCACACCGAUAGUUUCCAGAGAGCACUUCGCAAUCAGUAGAGAAUUUAACAUCUCAGGCCGACCGAGCAACGUGACGAUUGCAACAUUGCCAACCGCUGCCUGGGCCUUGUGUCUGGCAAAACGCCUGUCCAGCCGCGACGUCGUUUUUGGUGAGGUCGUCAGUGGCCGCAACAUCGGUCUACCACACACCGAUCCCGUCAUGGGUCCCUGCUGGCAAUACGUGCCGGUCCGGGUGAAGUUCGAACCGCACUGGACCGGUUUUGAUCUCCUUGGAUACGUUCAGAAUCAGCACAUCAACAGCGCCCCCUACGAGGGCAUAGGAUUAUCUGAAAUCAUAAAGAACUGCGCUCCCAAGGAUUGGCUUUCUGGCGCCGCCGGGACAGAGAGGGCAGAAUGGUUCGAUUCUGUUGUUCAUCAAGAUGUGCGACAUGUUGAACAUUUGCCCUUCAGGACAACAAAGGCAGAGCUAGAAACGAUCUAUGCCCAUGAAGAACCCCUUCGGGAAUGGAAGAUCCAGGCUUUCCCCGGCAAGAGGGGCGAUGAUGAGAUACUGAGUCUGGAAAUUGUCACCUUUGAAUCCUGGCGAGAGACGGCGAGAGACUUGCUUGAUGAACUGGAAGGUAUUGUGAAGCAGCUGAUGAAGGAGCCAGGGUCUCUGUUAUUCGGGUAG